AUGAAAAUCAAUUUGAAAACUUCUCUAAGUGGAAUUGAGUUCAUUGCAACUACCACUGACUGCUGGACAGCAUACAGGCGUGGAUUCCUUGGUGUCACAGCCCAUUGGAUAGACCCCCAAACUAUGAAGAGAUGUUGCGCUGCCCUGGCCUGCAAACAGCUGAAAGGGUCACAUUCUUUUUCUGCCCUUGCCAGUGCUCUGAAUGAGAUCCACACUGAGUUUAACAUCCGUGACAAGAUUACCCGCACCACAACUGACAAUGGCUCGAAUUUUUUAAAAGCUUUUAAAUUGUAUGGUCAAACCAACGAAAACAUCAACAAUCCAGCACCUACAGCAGCGAGUGGUGAAGAAGAUGAUGAUGGUGGUGAAGAUGAGAAUAAUGAAGACCAGGAUAGCAUGGAGUUUGUUGAAGCUGGAGCCAUAUUAGAUGAAGAUGACUGCCUGGAGUAUCAGCUUCCAAAACACCAUCGUUGCGCCUGCCACCUUCUGAACCUGGUGUCAACUGUUGAUGUUGAGGAGGCAAAUGUCAGCACGGUGUACAAGCGGGUCUCACGUUCAACGUUUUCAAAGUGCUGGAGCCUUUGGAAUAAGAGCGCCAGAUCCACCACAGCAGCUGAGAUCAUUGAAGAAAAUUGCAAACUCCAGCUUUUGAGGCCUAACGCUACAAGAUGGAAUUCACUUUUCUUAGCAGUGGAAAGGAUUGUGAGAAUUGCAAGAGAACAAGGAGAAGGAGCCAUCACAGCUGUUUGCAGUGCACUUAAGAUCCCCAUGUUCACUCCUGUCGAGAUUGCAUUUCUGACAGAAUAUGCAAAGACGAUGAGACCGGUCGCAAAGGCCCUUGAUGUUCUUCAAGGAGAGACCAAUGUGCAUAUGGGGUGGUUGGUCCCUACAAUAACGCUUCUCAAGGCUAAGCUCCAGCACUUUUGCAUUUCCUCAAAGUUCUGUGGGCCCUUGAUUGAUGCACUCCUAGCAGGCAUUGAAAAACGGUUCGGACAGAUCCUUGCCGAUCCAGAGCUGAUUGCUGCAGCAAUCCUAGUCCCCAAAUUCAAGACUAGCUGGACCAGUGAUGAAUGCAUCCUAAAACUUGGCCUUGACUAUAUCAAAAGUCACUUGAAAGACCAAGUUGUGGAGAAUCAAGGAGAGAGCUCCCAUUCUUCAGAGGAGGAUGAUUUCUUUUCUGCAAUCAAACAGACCAGUUCCCAAGAAAAUGCCAAACAGCUUGAGAUUUACCUUGGAUGCCAAGGUGAUACAGUUGAGAUACUGAAGUCUUUCCCGGCAGUAUGCAACCUUUCAUUGAGGCUUAACACCGCACUCCCAGCCUCAGCAGCCUGCGAGAGACUGUUUAGUGCAGCGGGACUGAUCUUCAGACCAAAAAGGGCACGUAUUGGUUCCAAGAACUUUGAAAAUCAGCUUAUUUUGAGGCUAAACAGAAGAUUCUGGUGAUUGUAUAGGGUAUGCCAUUGUACUCUUUCUGUCCUACACAAACUACUGACGUACACUGUCUCACACACGGACCGAAAUGCUCCUGUGACACCAAUGGUGUUGGAAGUUCAAUAGUUUAUCUCCAGUUUUACUACCCAGUUUUUGAAGGGGAUUAUGGACAAGCAUCCCUCCCUCACACACACUCUCUUUCUUUCUCUCACACACACACUCUUUCUUUCUUUCUCUCACACACACACACACACACUCUCUCUUUCUUACUCCACACAGACUGAUACGCACUUCGCAGUCUAUUUAUCUCCUCCACAGGCACUCAAGUUCUCUACAGUCUGUUGCUCCUAAAAUAAUGUCCUGGUAGUUUUGCAGGCCAGGGUAUGUCAUGAA